CAUUCACCAGAGGGCUUUUGCAUCUUCAGGAUUGCUUUAUGGUUUCGGCCUUGGGGUCAGCCUGCAACCUGAACUGUUUGGCUGAAAGUCUCGACAGCAUGAGCGUGUCCAGCCUGCUUAACCUCAGCAGCCUGGGCAGGAUCUGCGGCUCCAGUCCCAGCAGGGACAUGGUGGUCCUGGACCGGGUGAAGAGGAAGAACUCGGUCAGGCGCAUGUCGAUCAUUGAGGACGGGCAGCUGGCCGAGGUCCUCUACCUGAUCCCCAAACAGUCCAUGAUGGAGCAGCUGCCGUUCCUCGACCCCAACGACUACAUCCUGUGUGAGAAGCUGGCGGCCAUCCCUGCUGAGAUGUCCGUGUGUGGCUGUGACCUGGGCCAGAGCGGCUUCUUCAUGAAGAACGGGGACUACCUCUGCCCGCUGGACUUCCAGCGGCUUCACGGCACGCUCUGCAGCAACUGCGGCGAGUUCGUGGAGGGAGAGGUGGUCACCGUCCUGGGGAAGACCUACCACCCGGCCUGCUUCGUCUGCACCAUCUGCAGGCAGCCCUUUCCUGCCGGGGACUGCGUCACGUUCAACGGGAAGGACUGUCUCUGUCAGCGCUGCAACGAACCCGAGUCUCCGACUCCGCCCGACGGCAGCUACGCCAAGAAUUGCAGUGGCUGCGGCAGAGACAUCAUGAACGGCCAGGCUCUCCUGGCCCUCGGAGGCCAGUGGCACCUCGGCUGCUUCAAGUGUAAAGCUUGCAAGAAAGUGCUGAGUGGAGAAUACAUCAGCAAAGACGGAGCGCCCUACUGUGAGAGAGACUACCAGCUUCAGUUCGGGGUUCAAUGUGAAACCUGCCAGAAGUUUAUAACGGGGAAAGUCCUGGAGGCCGGGAGCAAGCAUUACCACCCCGGCUGCGCACGAUGCAGCCGGUGUGACAAAAUGUUCAGAGAAGGAGAAGAAAUGUAUGUGCAAGGAUCAACAGUUUGGCACCCAGACUGCAGAGACGGCAGCCAAACUGAAGACAGCUACAGGGUCGACAGGCCAAAAACACCCUGUCUUGAUUUCUUUUACCCUGCACAUAAACUGAAGCCCGUGAGAUCUUCGUCUGAAAGCUCCUCGUCCAGGCCCGGCUCGUGCACGCCCGGCAGUCCCGCCCGGAACAUCUGUGCGAAGGUAGACAAUGAGAUCAUUGAUUACAGGGAUUUAGCAGCGAUUCCCAGAGUCAAGGCUAUAUAUGAUAUAGAGCAUCCUGAUAAGAUUUCCUAUAAGUCUGUGAGCAACAACUCCUCUGCUUUGGAAGAAAAAGGCAGCAGACAGGACAAUCUAAGCCCUGCAGAGUCGCCAGGGAACAUAUCUCAAAAUACAGAGGAGAGUUUUGAAUUGAGAACAAGAAUCCCGAAAUCUACAAGCCACGGAUCUUUCGGAGUUCACACGACGUACAAUCGUCACAGCUUCACUCCCACUCUGUCUCGAUCGCCGCAGCACUUCCACCGACCAGGUGUUGUGCCUUCACCUCCUUUAUUCUCUGGCAGCACUGACACCCGCCCCACUUCUCCUUCAUGUCACCUCUUUCCCUGUAAAUCCGAAGAUGAAGGUUUGAACCUGUACAGGAGGCCUCCCAUUUAUAAACAAGAUCCAAAUUCCUCCACAUCCCAAACAUGCUCUCUGCCUGGAUAUGGACACAAUGGCCUGAAUGGGCAACAAUCAGCUGAUUUCUCCCACUACAACGGCGACAGAUUCAGAGAUGUCAAGUUCAGCCAUGAUGGCCUGCAUCCAUUAGCACGAAUGGAAAGAGGAGUUUCUAUGCCCAAUUUGCUGGAACCAAAAGUCUACCCGUAUGAAGUGCUGUCAGUCACUAACAGAGGAAGAGUGCAGCUUCCCAGGGACGUCGACAGAACGAGACUUGAGCGUCACCUCUCUCCAGAUUCCUUUUUUGAAAUCUUCGGCAUGAGGAUUCAAGAAUUCGAUCAGCUUCCUCUUUGGAAACGUAAUGACAUGAAGAAGAAGGCAAAUCUCUUCUAAGUGAUGUCCAACGUAUGGUGGAGACUCUGUAAAUGUACAGUAAUUAUAAAGCUGUGAAGAAACUCUACAUUAUAUUUUUGCAAGUAGCACAUUAAGUAAACUAACUUUUGUCUGAAAACAGUGUAAAGCACAACUUUCUAAGGACACAAUCUUACAUAUCUCCUUUAUUCUCUGAUUUGCUGCACUUUGUUUGCUGGUUGGUAAUUAUUUAUAUUUCCCAGAAGUCUGCAUUCAAAUUGAACUUCCUAAAUGUAUCCAGUUCUUACCCACUGAUCAUCAAUUCGGGCCAUAUUACAGUGUUUCUGUUGCUAAGUGAACGUUUGUUGAUUUCUGUAACAUCCACCAAUAAAAUAACGGACCGUCCUUAACUGAGCCUUUACAAGACCGACCUUUGUUCAGUGAUUUUAUUGCGUUCGGCAACAGUAUUGCAAACACACACAGUGAUCAAACGUUUAAUUUACAGUUAAUGACAUAAAAAAUUUAAGAUUAGUCACCCAGAAACCCUGACGAGACAAAUACAACUAAAAUAUUAAUCUCAUUGGAUUAUUUUUCUGAUAAACGGAGAAAAAAUGACAGUCGGGUUGAACUGGGCCUACUCACCCAUAACAUCUCCAUCCGUCUUUAUGCUGUUAUUUAGCUCAGUGUUGCAGGAGCUGAGAUUCAGACCGGUGAUAUUCUCACUGUGAGGUGAUCUCGCUAAUCACUAUAUCACUUGAAAAUACUGUUGAAUAAUUGUAUUAAUC